AUGGCAUGGGAUCAUCUGGACAUCGAUAAACCUCAUUUGGCCUACAUGAUCCUCGGAGGCUUCACAAGCUUGUUCAUGUUGUGCUCACUCUUCGUGAAGGAGAAGCUGUACAUUGGUGAAGCCACCGUUGCCACCCUGUGCGGCAUCAUCUUCGGCCCUCAUGCGGCCAACCUUUUCAACCCCUUGAGCUGGGGGAAUGUUGACAAAAUCACGUUGGAGUGUUCCCGAAUCGUCCUGGUCGUUCAAUGCUUCGCCGUCGGCGUCGAGUUGCCCAAAGCCUACAUGGAGCGCCACUGGAAGUCCGUCUUCCUGCUCCUGGUGCCCGUCAUGACCUGGGGCUGGCUGAUAACCAGCCUGUUCAUCUGGUGGAUGGUCCCGCCCCUCAAUUGGCUGGAAAGUCUGGUGUGCGCUGCCUGCGUUACGGCCACCGACCCGGUUCUUGCCUCGUCCGUCGUCGGUAAGGGCAAAUUCGCGAAGCGUGUGCCGAAGCAUCUACGAGACAUCCUGUCGGCCGAAUCCGGUUGUAAUGACGGCAUGGCGUUUCCGUUUAUCUAUCUCGGCUACUACAUCUGGGCCUACAAACCACAUGGAGGCGAGGUGGUCAUGCACUGGAUCUGUGUCACCAUUUUGUACGAGUGUAUCUUCGGUGCUAUCUAUGGCUUCAUCAUUGGUUACAUAGCUCGUCAUGCUAUCCGAUUCGCUGAAAACAAGCAACUGGUCGAUCGUGAGAGUUUCCUGGUCUUCUACUUUGUCCUGGCUAUUUUCUGUGCCGGGUCUGGCAGUCUGCUUGGCAUGGACGAUCUCUUGAUCGGUUUCUCUGCCGGCGUCGGCUUUAGCAAUGACGGCUGGUUUACCGAGAAAACAGAGGAGUCGCAUGUCUCCAAUGUCAUUGACCUCCUGCUCAACCUGGCGUAUUUCGUCUAUUUUGGUUCCAUUGUCCCUUGGCAAGACUUCAACAACCCCGAAAUCGGGCUUGUGCCCUGGAGACUCGUUGUCAUUGCCAUCCUUGUCAUUUUCUUCCGCCGUAUCCCCAUCAUGCUGCUCCUGAAGCCCAUCAUUCCGGAUAUAAAGACAUGGCGAGAAGCACUUUUCGCCGGUCACUUCGGCCCCAUCGGCGUCGGCGCCGUCUUCGCUUCAAUCUUAGCUAGAGCUGAGUUGGAAGGCCACGAGACGCAACCCCUGGGGGCAGCGGAACGGCCCAAACCUGGCGAAAGAAACUACUACAUUGUACAGGUUAUCUGGCCAGUAACGACGUUCCUCAUCAUUUCUUCCAUCCUAGUGCACGGGUCUUCCAUUGCCGUCUUUACCCUAGGGAAACGAAUUAAUACCAUGACCAUCACCCUGUCUUACACGACGGCCAAUGAAGAGGGUCCGUCGUGGAUGAACCGUCUACCGCGUAUGCAAUCCCUUGCAAAAGGAUCCAUGUCCUUUCGCAAGCCAGACGAGCUGGAGGAGUCUCCAGAAGAGUACCGCCCUGGAACUCUGCCUCCGCUUGGUGUACCGGGAAAUUUCCUGCGUCGCGUAAGAGCGGAAGAUGCUGACAAUGUCAGUGUUGCUCCUCGUCGCCGUCGGAGGCGAAGGAGGCGCGAAGAUGGCGCGGGAGGUCCGAUCAGCCAGUCUGCUAUCGCCCCUGUAACGAGGUUGGACUCCCAGAAAGAGGGAGAUGAGGAAGAGGAAGAAGAACGAAAAGAAGAAGGGGUCAAACCGGCAUUAGAGAAGGAACAACAACGUUUGCGAGAGGAAAUCGAGCAUGGAGGCGAUCCGCCAACCAAGGAACGCGAUAGGUUCGGAAGCGAACCCGAGAUUGAACUCUAUCAGGAAGGAAGUAAUCUUAUUAUGGAGGAUACAGAAGGAAAUGUCUUGAAAACGGAAGAUAUUAGCCAUCUGUCCCCUGAGGAGCGGUCGCGGGACAUCGAGGAGCAGAGGAUGCGCCUCCGGAGAGACACAUCGGGCCAUUUUGCGAAAUCCCGCAGCGAACCUCAUAAAGAGACCGAAGGGGAGCAUAUCAAGCAAGCGGUUGAAGGAAAGACUGGUUUUAAUAAGGCGCGGAACGUACUGGGUAGAUUUUUGGGCCGUAAGGAAAAGAAAGAAGGCGAGGAGUCUGAAAUAGAGGAGCCAACGAAGAAACCUGCAAAGAGCAAAGCUCGUUCAGCUCAUGCAUAUCAAUUUGGCAACACCAUCAUCGUUGAGGACGAGGAUGGAGAAGUGAUUAAGAAAUACACCAUUCCCUCUCCGGAGAAAGAGGAGACUGAGCCAGUCGAUGCUGCUGAGCGUUAUAUCCGUCGCCCGCUGGCCCGAAUGGGAACGUGGUUUGGCAAGGAAGAUGAGGCCGAGUCAUCUAAAGCGGGGGCGGAUAAAGCUGCUGCAGAUGACGAUGGACUUCGUUUUACGGUGGCUCAGAACGACGACAUUGGCCAGAGCGGCGUUGUCCAUAAAGGUCGUCGGAUGAACAAGCAAGAGUUCAUUCGACAGAUCCAGAAUCGUGACUUCAAAUCUCGCCUUGGCUUUGUCGAAGAUACGGACGCUCCGGAAGAAAUUAAAGACGCCGCUCGGGAUCAAGCCCAGACUGACAAACGCUCUGCUGGACGACCUGCGCAGGCCGGGCGCCCAGAGUCUCCCAGCACAGAAGAAGAGGAAACGGAUGAGGAGACCGCUGAUUCCGAUGAUGAAUCUGCCCGCGGGCACAAUGUCGCUGCUUCCAUCGCAAGAUUCACCACGGACACACCCGCGCAGGCGCGACGACGACGACUGCACCAGUCAGAAUCCGCGGAGCAUCCUCGUCGAGAUUCUGAAGAUGACGGAACCGAGCGAGUCCCGCCAGCCCGGUCCAGGGGGGCCACCAGCAUCUCUCCUCCGACACGAGAAACGGCAGACCUAGGCGAGACGGGCGAGACAGCAGUUGAGAGACGACGUCGUCUAGCGGCGCUGGGUCAGUUAGAUGACGAGGACUCCUCGGAUUCCGACGAACCAGAUUCUGAAGAUUCGAAUGACAGCGACGGAUUCCGACCGGUGCGAGGCAGAGUCCAAUUCGCCGAUGGCACGAGACCCGCCGAGAGGAGGACAGCAGCUGGGGUCGCCGAUCGCAGAGGACGUGGACAUCAUCCGCGAAUCUCAUGGGGGGGAGAGACAGGCCGGGAUUCAUGA